UAGGUUAGCAGCUGUUGUCGUCUGCUAGCUGGCGUCAUAGGAAGAAGAAACUGUGGCUAAACUGCACUCAGAAGGCUCCGGAGCUGUUUGUUUUUGACGCAGGAAGGACGCGUCCCUCCGGGAAACACCGGGAUGACAGAGCUGUAAUUACCCGAGUCCAGCUUUGUGCGUUUAGUCGCUCAAGAACGCAGCAGAAGAAGAGGACGGGAACGCGCCGCUGUCCGCGGGGAUGUUGUUGAACACCGAUUUAUAGCUUGGAAAGAGCUUUGAAUGUUUUUAAUUGAUGAACUAACACACUUCCUGCACUCCCUUGAAUCCCUCUUUGUGCUGCGGCGGUGAGGAGAAACGCUUCCUGUUGACCGUUUUGUUUUGAUGCACCUUCUGACUCAGGUCUGCUGCAGUGAUGGGAGACAUCGACCUGGAGCAACAGGAACCGUUCCCUGUGGACAGAGAUGGGGAUAAGUCCAGGGCGGACGACCGGCCGGACGGAGACAGGCAGGUGGGCUGCUUGGAGAAGUUCCAGAGGUCCAUCUCCCGGUGGAUGCUGCCAGAGCAGCUGCGCAGCACGUACCUGGAGCGAGCCAACUGCUGUCCGCCCCCCAUCUUCAUCAUCCUCGUCAGUAUCGCAGAGCUGGCAGUGUUUAUCUAUUACGCGGUGUGGAAGCCACAGAAGCAGUGGGUGACUCUGGACGAGGGCAUCUGGCAGAGCCGCCUGACCUACAAGCCGGAGGAGCGAGAGCAAGCAUGGCGCUUCAUCUCAUACAUGUUUGUCCACGCGGGUGUGGAGCACAUUUUGGGGAACCUUUUCAUGCAGCUGCUGCUGGGGAUCCCGCUGGAGCUGGUCCACAAAGGAUUUGAAGUGGGGAUGGUUUACAUGGCCGGGGUCCUGGCAGGGUCUCUGGCCAGCUCCAUCUUUGACCCUCUCAGCGCCUUGGUGGGGGCUUCAGGUGGGGUCUAUGCUCUAAUUGGAGGAUACUUGAUGAACGCUGUGGUGAAUUUCCGCGAGAUGAUUCCUCUCCUGGGAGUGUUCCGCAUCCUCACCAUCAUCGUCAUCGUGGGCGUAGAUUUCGGCUUCGCCUUCUACCGAAGAUUUGCCAACGACGGGUCCGGCAUGAACGUUUCAUUUGUGGCUCAUUUCGGAGGAAUCAUAGCCGGGAUGACGGUCGGCUAUGUCUUCUUCAGCGCGUAUAACCAGAAGCUUCUGAAAAACCCUCUGUUCUGGAUAUGCAUCGCUGGAUACUUCAUCUUUGUGAUCUUCGCGGUGAUGUACAACAUCUUCCUCUCACCGGCACCAUAGAAACACAAAGCAGUGUUUUGGUUUGCUGACACUAAACGCCUUUGAUCUCAGGUUCGUUUUUAACACGUAUCAUCCAGCGAGUGUUUGGCUUCUUAAUCUUCGCUUUAGUCCAGGUGAAUGGUACCACCUUUUUUACCGAGUUAUUUUUAUAAAGUCUGAAUGACAUGUUUCUGUGAGGGACUGAUGCAUUUCAUUAUCUAGUGUUUAUCUUUUUAUGUCAGGUGGUUUGACAGGUUUGUGUGGAGUCUUUUUAAAUGUCGUAUCGGAACACUGAGAAUAAAUAUUUUCUAGAAUUACUUGUGCGUAUUUGCUGGAUUUGUUUUCCUCCCCAUAGUCACUCAUUGACUUUGAAUUCUACUUUGUGGAAUAUUGACAAAAAUCAGUGUUAAAAUAGCUGACACGGUAACUAGAAUUGACUCCAGGAUGACUGGGAAUAAUAAUAAUAAUAAUAUAACAACAAUAAUAAUAAUAAUUGAUAGAUAAGAUGUUGAUGGAUCAAUUGUGUGCCUGCAUUUGCUGCAUUUUAUUGAGGUCCUGUCCCUUUCAACGUUUCUAUUAAAACAAAUUAUAGUGAACUCUAAAGGCACUGGGUCAGUGCAUACCUUCGCCAAGCCGCUCUGCCCUCGCAAUGACAUUCUAUUUGUAUUUCAUCCGCAUUCUUCGUGUCAGAAAUAUUCAUGCUCAAUCGGCGAGCAAGUGGCAGUAGCAUUACCAUGCUAAGGAAAUUCCAAGCAUCAGUAAAUCCUCUUGUUGUCACUUUCUAUGCAUGGAAAUUCUUUUAUUUCAGUAAUUCAAUUGUGUGUUGCGUUUUGUGAACUCUAAAUUUCCACCUUUUUUUUCUAUUUCUAAGUCGGUCAUGGGACCGGAAGCUAUAGAAGUGAAUGAGGGAAUAAAAGAAAUGGUCAGCAGAUGUAAGCAAAGACUUCUUUGAAAGUUCCCAUCAUGGUUUGCCAGAGUUCUGCCACCAGUUCAGAGGUCUGCCACCUCAAUUUCAAACACUUUUAAAUCACUACCAGAUUAUUCCUAAAUAUACUUCAGACACCACGAUGUUUCAACCAGAACAUCCCAUGUUUCUUAGGUCUUCCUGCGCCAUCUAUUGCUAGUGUUCAUGCCAUCUCCAGUAUCAAUAAAAUAUGUGACUCCGACCCGAACUUGUGUGAUAUCCUGGGUGUUUCGUGUCAAAUAAAAACUCAAUAUCUGCAUUAUUGAUCUUGUCUGCCAUUGGUGGAAAGUUCUUCAGCUUCCAGCUCAUAGUCGCUGCAAAGUGCAUCAAUAUUCAUCAAUAUCAGUGUCAACUGCUUUGUUGGCGUCAGGCCUUUUUCUUCAGCAACCCUUAUUCAGUGAAGUUAGAAAAAAACAGGACUCAUUACGAGCACAAUUCCACAGAAAAGUUG